AUGCCUGGACGUUUCACGUCCGAAUGUCUGAAACAAGGCAAGAACACCGACUUUAUAAGCAGACCGGCUGAAACUCUACGGGCACAGUUUUCGUUGAAAACGGACUCAUUAAGUAGCCUGAAGGGAGCAGAAGUAGAAGAGCGGAUGUCGCAUUGGAAUUAUCGCGGGAAGGAAUUCUGUCGAUCGCAGUAUGCUCGUAAAGCAAUUUGUAUACUUGGAAUAGAAGAUUUCCAACUCCUGUCACAAUAUCCAACUGUAAUGGCGAAUAAGAUGUUGCCGGAGUUCGACUACGCCAUUGUGGAUUGCGUUCAUGAAAUGAUCUUCAAUCGGACGUUCCACGGUCAAGUGGAUUAUCCGCUAAACUCAGGCUACUACCGGAGUAUGGUGCAAUAUCAUCGAAAUCGCCAUGAACGGAGCAAAAGUUACAAAUUGGAAUGUGACUCGAAGCAUAUUGAGUGGCAACAUAGGGUGUUCAAAUGGUAUAAUCAGUAG